AUGUCUUCGUCCAUGGCAGCAGCCACUAUGGCUUUUCUGGAUAAUCAUCUGGAGCAAAUUGCUCUUUCAUCCACCGCCAUCGCUGAGCUCCCUUUCCCUCCACCAAGGAUCUUCACGAAUGCAGUUCUUGGAUCGCACGAUAUCACUGCCUUAAUACGCGAUACAGAAGCUCAUGAACGUGCCCUUUUCCAGAUCGACCCUGCUACGAAACUCCAGAGGCGUGCGACGCGAAGAGGGGCUCCGGAGGGAGAGUCAAUAGCCAGUCGAAUCUACUCGGCUAGAAACAACCGAAACCAGUCGGCAGUCGCAAGAGUCCUGGGCUCUGAUAUGAUGGAAGAGAUUAAACGGUCCACUGGCACCUCGAGAAGGGGUCAAGCUGGUGAGAUUAAUGUUGAGGUGCUUCUCAAGGGAGCGGAGAUCCUCUGUAAAGUCUAUCCAGUCACUGGUGCCCAGGAAAAAAUUGCCACCCUACGUUAUCGUCAUCAGGUAAUCUCAGAAUCGAUUGACAGCCUAGAAGAACGCGUAGCCAUGAACUCGGCGGAACUGGAACAGAUGAGCCGCUCAUACGGCGACGAUUAUGACGACUACGACAUUGCAACCAUAUCCCAGCCAGAAAUCCCGGAUGUUACAGAUGAAGACAUCGCGCGGGAGUUGGAAGAAAUCCGAGAGUUGGAACGCAGGAAGCGGGUUUUAGAAGAGCGCGUCAGCGGCAUGGAAAAAGACCUUGGUGGUCUGGUGUGGUAA